AUGCCAGAAAAAGUACUCGAUUUAUUUGAUCAAAUGAAUAUCCAACCUGAUCAAGUUGGUUUCAAUACUCUAUUUAGUGCUUGUGCUCGUGUUGCUAAUGAUCAUGCUAAAGAAAUUGGAAGAAAACUUCUUGAUCAAAUGCCUAAACAUUUUCAUAAUAAUAAUGUUUUACUCACUUCAGCAAUAAAUAUGUUAAUGAAAUUUGGUGAUGUUGAAAAUGCUGAAAAUUUUUUCCAAACGAUGAAAAAGAAAGAUGUUAUUGCAUAUGGUACUAUGAUGAAAGGAUAUGUGGAAAAUAACAUGUAUGAAAAAACAUUAGAUUUAUUUGAACAACUACCUUUUCCACUUCAUAAUGUUGGUUAUACUAUAAUAUUCAAUGCUUGUGCACAACUUUUGAAUGAUCGUGCUAAACAAAUCGGAAGAAAACUUCUUCAACAAAUGCCUAAAACUUUCUAUAACAACAAUAUUAUACUCACUUCAGCAAUAGAUAUGCUAAUGAAAUUUGGUGAUGUAGAAAAUGCUGAGAAUCUUUUCCAAAUGAUGAAAAAGAAAGAUGUUAUUGCAUAUGGAGCGAUGAUGAAUGGAUGUAAUAUAAAUAAUCAACCGUUCAAAUGUUUACAACUACUAGAAGAAAUCAAACAACAAAAUUUUAUACUCGAUGAAUUCUCAUCAAGUAUAUUGAUAAAUGCAUGUGCACGACUUAGUAUGCUUUCAAAAUGUCAAUUAGUUGUUGAUCAAAUUCCUUCACAUUUAUAUAAAAAUCAACGUAUACUUAAUUCAUUAAUUUAUAUGUGGGGAAAGGUUGGUUCUAUUGAAAAUGCUCAGAAGAUUUUUCAAUCUAUCGAUAAUCCUGAUGAUUUUACAUAUAAUUCAUUGAUUUAUAUCUAUGGACUUAAUCGAAUGGGUUUAGAAGCUGUUGAUUUAUAUCGAAAAAUGCCUGAUCAUUUACGUAAUGAAAUAACAUAUGUAUGUGUAUUAAAUGCAUGUUCUCAUUCGGGUCUUCUUAAUGAAGCUCGUUCUAUUUUCAAUGAAAUUUCUCAGAAAAGUAAACAAAUUAUUACUGCAAUGAUUGAUUGUCUAAGUCGUCUUUAUAUAUUUGAUGAAGCACAAAAACUCAUCGAUGAUUAUGAAAAAUCUAAUCCACCUUAUUCAGUUAUGUAUACGGCGAUAUUAUCUGGAGCACGUAAUUCUCGUCAACAUAUUUUAUCACAAAAAAUGUAUGAUAGAAUGACAAUGUUAUUUCCUAAUGAAAAAGAGACACUCAAGUCUGGUUCAGUUCUUCUUGGUAAUACAUAUUUAUCUAUAGGUGAUCAUGAACAAGCAGAGAAUGUUCGAUUAAAUCGAAUAAAAGAAUUAGGAACAAAAAUUCAACCAGGAGUAUCAUGGACAGAAUUCAAGGGUGAAAUUUCAGAGUUCAAAGCCAAUGAUCGUCGUCAUCCUCGAUCUGAAGAAAUCCAUGCCAAAGCAAAAUAUAUAUUCGAUGUAUUGAUCAAACAUGGUCAUGAAUAUGAUGCUAGUUGGAUAACUCGUCCAUUAGGUGAAGAUGAAACAACUGAAUCUGUAUUAUGUACUCAUAGUGAACGACUAGCAAUUGCUUAUCAUUUUUUACAAGAAGAAAAUCCAUCGUUUAUUCAGAUUACGAAGAAUCUUCGUAUGUGUGGCGAUUGUCAUCGGGCAACAAAACUCAUUGCUAAAAUCUGGCAAUGUAAAAUUAUUGUACGUGAUGCAAACUGUAUUCAUCACUUCUCGCCUGAUGGAACUUGUUCAUGUCAAGAUCAUUUUUAG